AUUUCCACAUUGAAAGUAUUGACUUUUAACACCAACGUACAAAUAAAUUUAAUUGUGAUCUAUUGAUUGUUAACCAUUAUUACAAUCGCCGCCACCGCUAAUUCAAUUUAAAUUAGGUUAUCAAAUAAUACAAAACACCUUUACCAAUUAUCAUAACAAUUAAGUUGUUUAAAGAAUCAGCAAUUACACAAUUUAAUCAACAACAACAGAAAAAGGAGAUCAGUUGAUUUUUCCUUCUCUCUCUCUCUCUCUCUAAACCAACAAUUUAAUUUAAUUUAAUCUAAUUUUGUGUCUUAAUUACAAUCAAGAUUCCCUUAAUUCUGUGACCAACCCAAUGUAAGUUGUUACCUUUUCCAAGGUACAAGAAGAAGAAAAAAAAUUGGUAUAUUUAUAUCAAUGAAUAAUGGUAAUAAUCAAAAACGUGAUGGACUAUCAAUCAAGGAUGACCUGAUCAUCAACAAUAAGAGGGAGAGAGAAGUAAAAAAAAACCAUCAACACACUGACCCUUACCUGUUGUUAUCAUUUCUCUAUCAUUCAGUCAACCAUUCACCUUCAUCAUUAGCAUCAUUUGAUUAGCCAGUGACCAAACCACAACCAACAAAAAAAAAGUAACUUGACCAUCAAAAACUGUUCAUCUCUUUGCUGAAGUAAAGUGAAAGAUUGAUACAGAAAAAUAAACUGACCAUCAAUUCAUUUUUUUUCUCAAUCUUCAACUGAAUAUAAUAUAUUAUUAUUAUUAUAUUUUCUACUUGACCAUUUGAUUACUCAACUAUUAUCAUUUUCAUUUUCACUGCAACAACAACAACAACAACAACAACAGCAUCUCCAUCAUGAUGGUGAGAGUGGUGAUUAUCAUUGGAUAGCGUUUUUUUCUUGCUGAUCGGUUCAUCGAUAAUCAAUAAAUUGUUCUUUUCCAAAUUACCAUCAACAUCUCAAACCAAAUCAACAAAUUGUUCAUUCAAAAAGUUUUCUCAUUCAUUUUUAUUCAAACUCUUUUCUCUUAACAAUUUUCAUCUUCAAUCUAAUUACAAGUAAUUCCUCAUUUAUUUCCGAUUAAACUGUUUCCUCUUUCAUCAGUAUCAAUUUCCCAUCAAAAGUGAUUAAAUUUUAAUUCGAUUCCUCUUCAAAUUGUGCUUUUAAUAAUCUCUCCUUCUCUCUACAGUUGAUUAAUAAUCGAAAAAUAAUCAUCUCAUCUCAUUAGAACCUCACCUCAUACCAACAUCAUUCAAAUUCUCAUCAUUUCAAUUAACUUGCAAUCGGUUAACUGAAAUAAGAGAAAACAAAAAAGUUAAUCAACAAUAUCGAUAAACUUUUGAUAACAUUAACCAGUGAAACUUUGAUCAUCAUCAGCAAUCAGUAAUCAUCAUGAGUGUCAACAUGAUGAUGAGAUGAAAAAAAAAUCAAACGGAUCACAUCAUUGAAGUUUCCAUUACAAUCAAGAAAUAAUCAAUUGUUAUUUCAUUGUCCAGUCUAUUGAAUCGUAAACAUUACAAAGUUUUUUUUUUCUUUUCUCCAUCUUCUUGAUUCUGUGAGUCUGUUGAAUUUUUUUUCUCUCUCAUCUCUUAUUUGUGAUUCUAUUCUUGAUUCAUCAUCGUCAUCAUCUGAUUUUUACCUUUUGUUGCUACAAGAAAUUGAUACUGAUCAUUUGAGUAUCGGUGAAAUAGGAAGAGUUUCAAAAUGAGAAAUAGAACUCAGUAGAUAAGUUCUAUCUUUUUCUUUUUCUUUUUUUUUCUUUUUCUAUUCUUCAUAAAGUUCUGGCAUUGACCUUUACAACAUUCAGUUCUUGGCAUCUUCUCAAUAUAUCAAUUCGUUUAUCAUCAUUAUCAUCAUUUCCUCUUCUAUUACCGCAUCACUUUAACUGUUAUUUUUCCGUCUAUUUCCUCAUCUUCAACCGUUGAUUAACUAAUGACCAGUAAUCAAAUAUCUUCAUCAGUGUUCAAAUCAAUUUUGUGAUACUUUAAUUAUUAUCGACAAUAUUUAUUCAUAUUCAUCAUUAUCAUGUAAUUUUGUGAUUAAUUCAAAUCAUUCAUACAAUUUACAAAUGGAUUAACCAGAUUAACCACAAUCAACCAAAACUUCAAAACUAAUCAACACAAAAAACUAUGAUCAGAUCAAAAAGACAUCAGAAUAUGAAUCCAGUUCUUUACAGGUCAUGUUUUCUUCGGCUUCCCUAUGCGUCCAUUUUGGCCACGCUCAUCGCCAUUUGUGGACUGGUCAUCGCUAUGGUCUCAUUAGGACAAUCGACCAUGAUAACAGAUCGAUUGUUGAAUGAACUUCUCCACAGGAAACAUAUAUGGUAUCAGGAAGCUCAAUGGAUUUACUCAUCAUUUUCAAUUCUCAUUUCAAUCACUAUUCUUAUUAAUUUACUGAUCGGUUGUAUGACCACUGGUCGUCGGAUAACUCGAUAUGGUUCGGUCAGUUCUUGUGGAUUCUGUGGAAAGUUAACAACAAUUCUGUUGAAAAUGAUCUUCGGACUCAAUUAUGUUCUAUUCUUGACCAUUUUUAUCUUAACUUUACUUGGGUCAGUUGCUUUGUUUUCCUGUUAUAUUAUGUCUCGUUUAUGUAACGAUGGGUUAGCUUAUUCAUCUGAUUCAAUUUCAUCAUCACCAAUCACAUCAUUCUCAUCAUCAACUCCACCAACUACCAAUAAUAUUGCUGAAGUUGAAACAGCUGAUACAACACAAUCAUUGAAUCUUAAAAUGCUUGGACCUUUAUUAGCAGUUCGAGCCAACGAAACGUCAUUAUUACUUUUUAAAGGACAUCGAUUGAAAAAAUUAUGUAUCGAUUAUAUUUCCUCACUCUAUCUUUACCUGAUUCUUACCUUUACCGGUUUCCUGUUACUUACCUGGGGAUUUAUCAAUUUUUUAAUCAAUCUAAGUGUUAAUAUGGCUCGAAUAACAACCCGACGUAAAUGUGCUGAAUUAAUUUAUAUCAAUAGUCCAGAGAUGGCAAAUUUUGUCAAGAAUAUCAACAAAGGAAGAUUUUAAUCAGUCAAUCAAUUUGAUUAAAAUCGGAUUAGGAUCACGAUUUCCAAUGAUAAUUAUGAUUCCAUGACACUAAUCAUGAGAAUUGAACUGAUUGUUUUAUUUAAAAGAAAAUCUAUUUUUCUAAUAUAUCAUAUUGAUCUUAAUUUUUUGUUUCGAUAACAAUUAAAGGUUUUA